AUAAAUCAACAGGGAGCCUUCUUGCAAAUCCUUGAUAUGAAUUGAGAGGGGUUUAAACUGACAAUUGGAAGAUCGACAACGGUUUCAUGAAUAAUACGUCACCUAUACCUAUGUAUUGAGGAAUGUCAGGUAGAUUGAGAUAGACAGAGUUAACCGUUUGACGAACACAUCAGUUUUACAGUUAAACAAGACACAUUUUCCUAGGAUGUCAAGGAGAAGGUUUAAACACGUCCGACAAGUCUAGUUGUUUUGAAGAAAAUAUCAAAUGACUACGUCACAGCAGGCCCGGACCGUGGUCCCUGGACACAGGAGGACCGAAGGUUCGCCAGCAUUCGGUGCCAGAUCCGUCAUGUCUGGAGGAUCUAUGGGCGUUUUGUCACGAACCAGACUAGGGAGUGGGCAGUCUGACCUCUACUUAACAGAGCUACCACGAAACGAUGAGGAUGAGGAAACCUUAGGGAAGUUCCAGGGCGACCACGUCAUCAACGAUAACGAAAGGAAAAAGAAAAAAUUGGAACAAUCGGAAGUUAAGAAGGAAAUAUACAAAAGAGAAUGCGCUCGAUGUCAUGUUGUACCUGUCAGCGCCUACCUCCGGGCGCCAUCCAGCAGUUCCCUCGUCAUACGUCACUACAAUCUAGGACCAAACGGCGCAAAGGCGCUGUCCGCCCCACUAAUGUUGGACGAUACGGUGACGCAUGUAGACAUUGUUGGUAACGCUAUAGAGGUACAAGGCCUGGUCUCCCUCCUACAAGCUAUCACCGAAAACCGAUCUGUACGACACUUGGACAUAUCUGACAAUAAUCUGACGAGUACAGGAGCCAAGGUUCUCGGCGAAUUCAUACGUCAUAAUAAAAACACAACUCUCGAGCAUCUAGUGAUGUCUGCAACCGUUUCACUCCUAAAAUUCCAGCUUGAUCCAAAGGAGCGAGAAUUGGACGAUACGGUGACGCAUGUAGACAUUGUUGGUAACGCUAUAGAGGUACAAGGCCUGGUCUCCCUCCUACAAGCUAUCACCGAAAACCGAUCUGUACGACACUUGGACAUAUCUGACAAUAAUCUGACGAGUACAGGAGCCAAGGUUCUCGGCGAAUUCAUACGUCAUAAUAAAAACACAACUCUCGAGCAUCUAGUGAUGUCUGAGAACUGCUUCAAAGAUGAGGACGGGUUGUAUUUUUCGGAGGCCAUACAGGUAAACAAAUCCUUGAAGGAAAUAGUGCUGUCCCACAACCUAUUUGGUGAUGUCAGCGGACCAGCCUUCGGAAAGGCCCUCGCCAUCAACAACACCCUGGAGACAUUCGACAUCAGCUGGAACCAGAUUCGUAAGAAGAGUGCAGCAUUAUUCGUUAAGAGAUUAAAGGACAACGUUGGACUGACACGGCUGAACCUUGGUUUUAACGGACUCGGCUCCGACGGAGCUUCCGAGAUGGUGUCUCUCCUGAAAAUAAACAAAAGUUUGGUGGAGCUUGACCUCUCUCAUAACAGACUAAAGGACUUGGAUACCGUGCCACUAGCCAAAGGACUUGCCAAGAACGACACCCUGAAGGUCCUCCGGAUCGGUGACAAUCUGCUGACGUCCGUCGGGGCAACGGCCAUACUGCACAGCCUGUACGACCCCCGAUCUUUGUGUGUUCUGGAGACACUGGAUUUCCAUAACACCAGUGUAGAUCUUGCCUUCGAGCGUUAUCUGAAGGAGAUAAAAGUGAACAGAGCCGUGCAGGUGAUACAUGGAAAGGUGAUGAUGGUAGGGGAUCCGCCCCAGCCAAUCCAAACGUACAUCCGGUUGAGGACGCAAUAUCAGAACAGCACAGACAAUUCCAGGAACAAACCAAAAGACAAUCCCGGCACCAACACCAUGACAGCGAGGCGGUGACGUCACAGGAUAUCCGUCAUUACUGCCUCUGUUAGUACUCGUCAUAGCUGUCAUUUGGCUUACUGUAUUUUGACAGAAUAUAAAACUACGCCGCGGUGCCAUGCCGACGUAGCGGCUAGUGUGAAUGUCGUAAGGUUUCCUGCAAUUUGAACUCCUCACAAAGGGAUAUUUAAUUCACACGUUGUUUGGUUUUAAUUCAAAGUGUGGAAUUUAGUGUACAGUAGUUAAAUGGUCAUGUUGUUAUCAGAUGGUAGAGAUAGACGAGUGUGCGUUGAAGUGUUGCUAUAGUAAAUUGGCAUAUUUUAUUUACUUUGUCCAUGUUUGUUAAACCCGACGUUAUGCCUGUCCUAAUUAAAGACGUCAAAGUGUCUGUGGGAACGAAUACAUAUAUAUACACAGGAAAACGCGUAUUAAGCGCAAGACAAGUCGCAAGAAUAGCAUUACAGUGAUGAAUGUUUAUUGUGAUCUAUACGACGUAAAAUAAAAAGUGUUGUACUUUGUUUGAGA